UGAGAUCCGUUUAUUAUCUCUUUAAUUUGUUUAUUUAUAAACAAUUAAGGAGUUUGCAGGAAUCUUGACAUCAAAGGACCACUUCAAGAUUUCCCAAGAUCAUACGGCCUAACAAACGCAUCUCUCUUCCUUUUUUUUUCUACUUCAAAUUUAUAGCUUACCUUGAUACUUAAUCAGUUCUUGUAUUUAAGGUUGAAACUGAUUAAUUAUUGGGAUUAGUAUAAUGGAUAAUUUCCAUUCAAUGUUUCCUUUUCAACAAGAUGAGGAUAAUGAGCUCCUUUUUCCACAGCCAUGUACCAACCCGAUUAAUUUCAUAUACCAACAAGAUCUGGUAAACGAUUUUGCUCCGUUUAAUUCAUUGGAGUUGGGCGACAACAACCUUGCAUUUAACAACAACAAGAACGACAGCAACAACAACAACAAUAAUCAGAGAGGCAAUAAGCUACGAAAACCGUCAGCUUCUUCUCUCCAUGUAGAGAAAGAGAAAGGUACUAAUGGCAAUAAAGAGAAGAAAGUGAUACAUAGAGAAGUUGAACGACAAAGAAGACAAGAAAUGGCUACUCUUUAUGCUUCUCUUCGCCAACAGCUUCCCCUUGAAAAUAUUAAGGGAAAGCGUUCCACAUCCGACCACAUACUUGAGGCGGCGAAUUAUAUAGAACACUUGCAGAAAAAUGUUAAGAAUUUGGAAGAAAAGAGAGAAAAUUUAAAGAAAGAGUCAAGUUUAAGAAAUCUUGGAUAUCCCAAAAGUGGAAGCUCAUCAACUAGUGACUCCUCACCGGCGAUUGUGAGAGUGAAGGAAUGUUUGGAUGGCAUGGAAAUUUUGGUUAAUUGUGGUCUCAACAAUGAAGGGUUUCGUCUUUCUAGGGUUCUUGAAGUGUUACUUCAAGAGGGGCUUAGCAUUGUGAACUGCAGCUGCACCAAAACAAAUACUACAAGUGCACUUCACACUAUUCGAACUGAGGCCACUGAUCAGCCAAGGAUUAAUGUGGAUGUGAUCCAACAAAAACUCGCAGAUAUUAUUCAUGGUGAUACAAGUUUCAAGUGACUUUCCAUCGGAUAUUAAUCACAAGAGGACAUGGAAUUAGCUACGGUAAUUGUCGGUAAUUCCUAGAUAAUCCGUCGCUAAAUAGCUCCUCGCUAAUUAGAUUUUCUUAUAACCCGUCGCUAAUCCGUAGCUAAAUGAGAUUAGCACGGGGUUUUGCUGUUUAGCUACGAAAUUUUGUCCGUCGCUAAUUUUAUGUUUUCUUGUAGUGAAUUGUUGUGAGACAACGGGAAUAUACAUUCCUCACCACCUCAGGUUUUAUGGAUCAUCACUGAAAUGUGAAAUCUUUAAUAUUUUUCUUUCAGUCUUUUAACUGCUUGGGAUGUAGCUGAUUUUAAUAGACUGAAAGGGAUAGUGAGGAUUCAUAUAGCUAGCUCUGACUAAAGGCGUUAUUGUUGUUUUAGUCUGACCUCUUUCAAUUCAAUUAUUCCCUAAUGUAUGAAACAAUAAUAGUUGCAUUAAGAUUCCGGUUUUUGAAUUCAAGUAUACUCGAGGCAUUCUUUCGAGUAAUUUUGAAGUGUACU